AUGGCUACGACAGACAACCUCGUCGCCGGUGACGAGUCCCAACAACGGACUCGCCGGCUCUCGAGUAUGGACGCCUCCCGGGCGGAUCUCUACAGCGGUCCGACGGUUGUCGUUCCUCCCAAGCAUCUGAUGGCCGCCAGCCAUGCCUUCGAGACGGCCCAGUCCCUUGAAAUGGCCAAAGUCCAUCUUGAUGAGUCGCCCUCAUCUGAAGAGGCGAGCCCUCGGACUGGUUCACCGGUCAUCAGACCUGUCAGCGGCAGGACCACCACCACCGUCACGGAUAAGUAUGCCUUCGCGUUUGAUAUCGAUGGCGUCCUCAUUCGUGGGGGCCAAGCCAUCCCCGAGGCGAUCGAAGCCAUGAAGGUGCUGAACGGCGACAACCAGUUCGGAAUCAAAGUACCAUAUAUUUUCGUCACCAAUGGCGGUGGAAAGACGGAAGAGGAGCGCUGUCUCGACCUCAGCCGUCAACUGGAGCUGGAAGUCUCCCCGGGACAGUUCAUCUGCGGACACACGCCCAUGCGAGAAAUGGCCGAGAAAUACAACACCGUCCUCGUCGUCGGUGGCGAGGGUGAGAAGUGCCGCAUCGUCGCGGAAAGCUACGGCUUCAAGGAUGUCGUCACGCCGGGAGACAUCAUCAAGGCGAAUAAGGACACCACUCCUUUCCGCAAGCUGACGGAGGAGGAGUAUCGCAACUCGCGCGAUCGGGACUUCAGCAAGAUCAAUAUCGAGGCUGUCUUCGUCUUCGCUGACAGCCGGGACUGGGCGGGUGACCAGCAAAUCAUCCUCGACGUUCUCAUGUCCAAGAAUGGGCGGAUCGGCACCCGCUCAGAGACUUUCGACGAGGGCCCUCCCGUCUACUUCUCGCACAACGACAUCGUCUGGUCUACAUCGCACCAGCACAGCCGGAUCGGAAUGGGCGCGCUUCGAGCCUCGCUCGAGGCGCUCUUCAAGGCCGUCACGGGUAAGGAGCUGACGACGAUUGCCUUCGGCAAGCCCCAGCUGGGGACAUUCCAGUUUGCGACUCGACUGCUCCGUCAGUGGCGCAAAGACAACUACGGCAUCGACCGGGCCCCGGAUACCGUGUACUUUGUUGGCGAUACGCCAGAGUCCGAUAUUCGCGGCACCAACGAAUUCAAUGAGUCUGAGAGCAGUGGCAACGCUAAUUGGUUUUCGAUACUCGUGAAGACGGGUGUCUUCCAGGAGGGCACGAUCCCUCGUUACCCGCCCAAGAAAAUCUGUGACAACGUCUUGGAAGCGGUCAAGUGGGCUAUGCAGCGCGAGUUUGCCAAAGAGGUCAAGGAGCGCACGGUGGGAGAUGCCGCCACCAAUGGAGACGAGUCUGCUGUGCUGGAGUGA